CUCCAACAGUCCCCACCCCCACUCGCCCAGCUAGUAAGUGCAUUAACGAUGGCUUUGGAGCGACGUUUCCGACGGCCUCAACCUAUUCCCAUGCUCUACGCCAACUUGAUCGCAAUCGCCCAGCGGCUUACCCUACCACGGCUUUUACACCAACUUCAACGGUAUUCACGCCCACUUCUGGAUCGACAUCAACAUCUGCAAACCCAGGUGUCCCCGGCCCUCUCCCUACUGCUACUCCAUCGAAUAUCAUUGGCGUGGGCUUGAAGACAGACGCAGUAGCCGAGCAACAUAUGCGCCAGGCAAUUCGCGACCUCGUUGCAAGCGUGGAUCCGUACGCACGCCUUGAUUUAGAAGCAGAAGAUGCCCUUUUGGAUGUUGCGUCGGAAUUCCUGGAUUCUGUUACCAAUUUCUCAUCGCGGUUAGCUCGUCAUCGUUCGUCCGACUCUCUUGAUGUCAAAGAUUUGCAGUUACAUUUAGAACGUCACCAUCAGAUUCGAAUACCUGGUUUUGCUGGUGACGACUUAUCAAAACUCCCUGCCUUCCCAAAUGGACCCUCAAAGGCGAACGCCGCCCCUUCGAGGACCAAGGACAAAGAUGGAAAGGAAAGGCCCGCCCCUACGAUUCGAUCGAAGAGGCUGGCCGCUGCUAAAGCUGCCACUGCCAAUGCAGGGAAGUCAUAGUCAAGGCUUCUUCUGGUUAAAGACAUGAGCAUCUUUAUUCUUUAUCGCAUUGUCUUGUAUCCCUACGGUCCUUCAAGGUAUAAUAUACGCACCUCACAUUACUGACCAUAUCACACCUGCGAUUCUGGCUCGCG